GUCGUCGGUCGUCUGUCGUCUGCCGUCUGUCGUCUGUCGGUGUCGCUGGCUUUUCGUUUACUCCAAUCCUAUCAUUGUUUAUCAGGUUUAACAAUAACACAGAUUCCAGAUCAACCACGACACUACGUACAACAAGCUGUCAGAAGUUAGUGCUGUGUGACAGGAAGUACUGAAGGAGUUCCUUCACGUUCAAAUUUUUGAAAUGGGAGACCUCAAACCAAAUGAUAAGGUCUCAUCUUGCAACUUCUUACUUGCUACGGUAAGAGAGAAAUUUGCCAAGAAAAAAUGUUGCCUUAUUUGUUUGAAAGUAGUAGAACCACACAAUAGCAGGCAACACAAACAGACUGUCGCACACAAGUUCUUGGUUUGCUGUUCAGAAAGAGAAAUAUAUCCGUAUCCUUGUAUCGAAUGUGAAAUGAGAUUCUCAUCAGAGAGUGACUUGCUUCACCAUUCUUUGGAUUAUAUCGCGGAAAAUUGGAAAAUCAGACAUUCAGUCCAGUUUGUUGUUACAUGUAGACUGCCUUUUGUAAGUGAAGAAAUAUUGAACACACACUGUAGCACAUCUGUAGAACAUGAUUUCCGAAGGAAAAUGAUACUUGAAACAGCAGUCAGAGAAUACAUGACACGAGAUGUGUUGGACAUCAUUAAUUUACCCAAAGUUGCACUUGAAGAAUCUAUUUUUGACAUCAAGUGGUGCUGUAUGUGAUGUUCAAACAGAUCUCAGUACAGAUUUACUGUGCACUCCUGUGAAUCCACCUGGUCAUAUGAGUCAUUGUUCCAUCUGUUCUGUUUCAGUUCCAUUAAGUAAUAUGACUGAACUUAUGAAAGGAAGAAACCAUAUGAAAAAUUAUGAACCACUGCUUGCUACCGACAGCAAAAGCACCUGUUCCACUGCUUCUGAUGGUAUUUUGGGCUCUGGUCAAAAGAGUGGUGAACAACUGCGCAGUAAAGGUGCAUUUUCAGAAGCAGCUACUGAAGAUAAAGUGGAGUUGAAAUAUUCCACUCCUGCAUGCUCUGUCUACUUAUCAGACGUAUCUGAAGACAAAAUAGGACAGCUGUCAAUAAUCAGAAAUAGCAGUGAUUACAACGCUGUUGACGAAACUUGUUGUUCUGACUGGGAUAAUAGUUGCAAAGAAAUUGAAACAGCAUUAAGAAAGUCCUCUGCCUUAGAACUACCAGACCUCAAUAAUGUAGCCAACGAUGGACUUGAAGAAUCUAUUCCAAGAUCAAGGGGUGCUAUAUCUGCGGUACCAGAGGAUCCUCUAACAAAUUGGCUGCUUACACCGACUAAACAGAGUGUCGAAAUUGGUUCAAUGGAUUACUGCUUAGUCUGUUGUGUUCCUAUUCCAAUGAACAGCAUGAGUUUACACUCUAAAGGGAAAAAACAUCUUAAAAAUUAUGAAGCACUGCUUGCUGCUGAUUGGAAAAGGACCUAUCCGACUUCCUCUAGUGUAAUUUUGAGUUCUGGUCAGAAAAAUAGUAGUGAAGCUCCAUUACGUAGUCUAAAUAAAUCUUCAGAAACCUUUACAAAGACUGAAGUAUUAGCCCUGCAAGAUACAGUAAAUAUAGGAGAUUCCACCCUGUCCUGCUUGCAAGAAGAAUUUGAAAAAAUUAAAAUAUCUGUUGAGCAAGAUCUGAAUGAUUAUGAGCUGGAGUGUGGUACAUGUGGGGGAGUGUUUCAAACUUAUAACAAUGAUGUUGACUUAUCACUUGACUUGCAUGUCCAGAAUGAUCCGCAACAUGCCUUAGCAACAGCAAUGCCACUUGACCGAGAUGCCAAACAAAUGGCUGAGCUUGUCAAGAACCUUGUACCUAGAAUCCUUGCACCUAAAAAGCGACCCAGGAAAUCAGUUGGUUCCAAAAUUUUAGAAGGCAGCGGUAAUGGUUCGAAGUGUUGCUUAAUUUGCCUUCAAGAUAUAUCCAGUCUGUCCAGCCAGGCAAAAACAAAACACCUGGAAAAUUGCGUGAACCCCAACUCUUUAACAUUCUUUUGCAAAGUUUGUAGUGAAAGUAUGACUCAAGCUCAUAAGGGUAUGCAUCUAGAAAGUAAAGGGCAUAAAGCCAAAGCCUCAUUGAAUUUCUUCUGCUCUAUUUGCUCUGAGAAUAUGACUGCAGGUGAAAAGGAAAAUCAUCUUAUCAGUGAAAGGCACAGAGAAAUGGUCGCAUCGGAUUUCUUCUGUGAAAUUUGUGAUAAAACAGUACUUGAUAAAAAAAUGCAUAAUUUGAAAUCCCACAAAUUUAUGGCUUCAUCACGUUUCUUCUGCUAUUUGUGUUCUGAGAACAUGGAUGAAUGGGAAAAGGAAAAUCAUCUUAUGAGUGAAAGGCACAGACAAAAGGCAGCAUUGUAUUUCUUCUGUGAAAUUUGUAAGAGGUGGAUGGUGAAAGCCAAUGAAGAGACUCAUAUAAAGGGUAAACUCCACAAAUCAAUGUUAUCACGGUUAUCACAAGAUUUCUUCUGCACUUUCUGUUCUGUGAUAAUGGCUGAAAAAGACAAGGAAUAUCAUCUUAUCGGUGCAAAGCACAGACAGAAGGCGGGAAUGACUUUAUAUUGUGAAAUUUGUAAGAAGUGGAUGAUGGAAGCCAAUAAAACUACUCAUUUAGAGGGAAGAGAGCACAAAAGAAAGAUGGGCACUCCAUAGUCAUCUGAUAAGCCAACAGCACAAAGCAAAACCCUCAAGUCAUUUCCUGUAAACUUGUAAUGAGAAAAAAAAUCUCAUUCAACGAGCGUUAAUGAAAGCAGAUGAUACUCGUUUGCUUUUCUUCUACGGGGUAGUAUGGGCUCAUUCUAAAGAUAGUAUUUAAAAUUGUGUAUGAAAUUAAAUACUUAGACCAAUAAAGUCUGUAUGUUUAAUUACACAAUUAUGUAGCAAUCUUACAAGCAUAUGAUUUUAGUGUAAAAGUAUAUGUAAAAUAAGCAUGAAUUGUUCUUUAAUGAAUCUAUAUUAAAUUUUAAAGAUUAAUUUCUUUCCUGUGACCUUGUUAAUUUCUUGUUCCUAAAAAGCGAAGCACAUAAAUAUAAAAUGCUGAUGUGGCGGAUGCUUUGUUAUUUACCUGUAGGACGUGUGGACCUGUAAAGACGACCGGAUGCUGAACUUUCGAAUGACAAAAUCCCCGGAUUGAAGCUUCGAGUGGUGUUUUGUCGAUUGAUUUACUGUUUUUCUUUGCCACACAUGCAUGUUUUGCCCUAAAUCAUUUAUUUUGAAUCCGAUUCGCUCCCUCGCCAAGUCUCGUCGUCUAGGCCCGCUCGCCUUUGCCCGCGCGAAUGCU